AUGCAGCCUGGAUUUAGACAACUCGCCGGUCGCUCCUUGCAUUAUAUUCAAAGAAGGGGUUAUGCUGCUGGUUCAGCACAACCACAAGAUGGUAUCAAACAAGGUGUGGCCCAUUCACUGUUAUUAAAGCGUACAUCCGAAGACGCAUUACGUAACCCUGAACUUGCUCAUAUGAGUGCUAUCGAUGGUGAGACGCGGAAGAUGAAUUUGUUCCAAGCUGUCAAUGAUGCCAUGUCAAUUGCUCUUGCCACCGAUGAUAAUGCUGUGGUCUUUGGUGAGGAUGUAUCCUUUGGUGGUGUAUUUCGAGCAACCACCGGUCUGGCAGAGAAGUUUGGCAAGGAUCGUGUCUUUAAUACGCCCUUGACGGAGCAAGGUAUUGCUGGUUUUGCUAUUGGUAUGGCUGCAGUGGGCCAUACAGCCAUUGCAGAAAUCCAAUUUGCCGAUUACAUUUUCCCUGCUUUUGAUCAGCUUGUCAACGAAGCUGCCAAGUACAGAUAUAGAUCCGGCAAUCAAUUCAACGUGGGUGGAAUGACAAUUCGUGCACCAUGCUCAGCUGUAGGUCACGGUGGUCAUUACCAUUCACAAAGCCCCGAAGCUUUCUUUGCCCAUUGUCCUGGUUUAAAGAUUGUCACUCCACGUAGCCCUAUCCAAGCUAAGGGAUUGUUGCUUGCAUCUAUACGCGAUCGUAACCCUGUCAUUUUCUUCGAACCAAAGAAUCUUUAUCGUGCAGCUGUUGAGGAAGUGCCCGUUGCCGAUUAUGAGCUUCCACUUAGCAAGGCUGAAGUGCUAAAGCGUGGCAAGGAUGUCACUAUUGUUGGCUAUGGUGCACAAAUGUAUACUUUGGAGAACGCUGUUCAAUUAGCUGAAAAGAAGAUGCCAGGCUUGAGCUGUGAAUUGAUUGAUUUGCGUACUAUUAUGCCAUGGGAUGUGGAUACGGUUGUCGAGUCUGUAAACAAAACCGGUCGCCUGGUGGUGGCACAUGAAGCACCUAAAUCAAGUGGUAUGGGUGCUGAGAUUUCGUCUACGAUUAUGGAGCGAUGCUUCUUGCGAUUGGAAGCACCUAUUCAACGUGUAUGUGGUUGGGAUACUCCCUUCCCUCUUAUCUUUGAAAAGUUCUAUAUGCCAAACAUGAUUCGAUGUUUCGAUGCCAUCAAGAAUGCUGUAAACUACUAA